AUAUUUUCUGGCGGUGACGACUGCACUAACCCUAACUGCACUAACCCUGGCAGCAAACAGCCGUUGACUUGCCGUGACUGCUUGUUGGUCUACACCCAUGACAACCGCUUAUGCUCUCAGGCGGCAUCCGAAUGGCAUCAGACCAGCGGGGAAUUAUGCUCCAAGGGGACAAAGAGGAUCUCGUCUAGCCCAGCUGCCAGAAGAACUUCUCCUAUUGCUCUAUUCUUUGCUAGAAACGCCUGAUUUGCUCAGUCUGUGCCACACGGCCAAGCUCUUUUAUGCAUAUUCACUUUCGGAAGAGAUCUGGAAGGAACGCUAUGUGGAAAAGCAGCGAGACGACGACUGGCGCGGAUCUUGGCGAGAAACAUGUCUAAAGUGCAAGACUGACGUUCAGGUGUCUUGCUCCUCUGAUUUGCUCUUUACACCCUUUGCCAAUGCUCAGCUGGACAUCCGUGCCUUUUUGCCUACCAAGCAAUCACACAUGAUUGCUCGCCACGAGACCAUGUCCCUCGAACAAUUUCAAGCGCAUCAGCAUGCGCCAUUCAUCUUGACUAAAGCGAUCCAAGAAUGGCCGGCGCUAAGCUGGUCUUGUGAGUCGCUCCUAUCCACAUUUGCAAAGACGCGCUUCAGAGCAGAGUGUGUCGACUGGCCGCUUGAACGCUAUGUGCGGUAUAUGCGGGACAACCAAGACGAGUCGCCAUUGUACCUAUUCGAUGCUCGCUUUGGUGAAAAGAUAUCAAAGGACGGCAAAAGUCUUGCCCAUGACUACUCCUUACCGACAUGCUUCGCAGAAGAUGCCUUUAAUCUGCUGGCUGAUGACCGGCCUGAUCAUCGCUGGCUGAUACUUGGACCAGCAAACAGUGGCUCCACCUUUCACAAAGAUCCCAAUGGUACUUGCGCCUGGAAUGCCGUCUUGUCGGGAAGUCAAAAUGCAGGCAAGUACUGGAUCAUGUUUCCGCCGCGCAUUACACCGCCUGGCGUGUAUGUCUCCUCAGAUGAAAGCGAAGUUACCUCGCCUUUGUCCAUUGCCGAAUGGCUCCAAGGAUUUCACGCUGCAGCUCGCAAGAUGCCUGAUAUGCGUGAAGGCGUAUGUGCGCCAGGCGAAGUUCUGUACGUGCCAAGCGGCUGGUGGCAUCUUGUUGUCAACUUGGACGAGUGCCUGGCAUUGACGCAGAAUUUCGUUCCACGCGGGUAUAUCGGCGCAGUCUUGCGAUUCCUCAGGGACAAGCCAGAUCAGGUGAGUGGAUUUGGAGAAUUGAAGCAACAGCCGUAUGAAGUCUUUCGACAACGCGCUGCAGAAGCUUUUCCCGAGGAAGUGGCUGCUUUCGAGAAGGAUGAGCCAACGGUAUGGCAGAAGUUGACGCAUGACAAGAAGUCCGCAUCCUUCUCAUUCGGUUUUGCGUGCGACAGCGAUGGAGAGUCUGAUUAGUGCACUUGUAGGACUUAGAUUUGCCACAGAGCCACGUCCAUCUGAAUUCAACGACAUCCUCGAGCAGCUUUGGGCAUCCAUGAACGAAAGCAACUCGCCACAUGGCCAAAGCAAAGCAGCUGGCAGGAAAGCCGGCAAGAAUUGUCUUUCCAGCUAUACCCAUUCGCUCUCAUUCCUUUACUGAUCAAGUACGCGUGCAAGAGCUUAUUGAUGAUCAGAUUCUGAUAGUCUGCAACCUCUUUCCUCCUACAGUCAGGUUGGCCUAUAGACGCUUCUUUGAGACAGAAAUUGCCGCGAGACUCAGUCAGCCUGUAGCUCCAAAACGAGGCGAGGCGACUCGGACAAACGAACGCUUCUCGCAGCAUGAUGAAGAGUUCGCAGCACAUCUAUAUCAGGCAAG